CUUGACUUUGCAAAGUGUAAUACCAUAUUGCACAAAUUGACUUCGCAUCGCAUCUACCAGGUUAGUUUGAGUUUCAAUUUUGUUAUUUCUUUGUAUUUUUGUGCUUAUCCAGUUCUCCUUUGGUUUUGAAAUAAAUGUCAUGAUUGGUUGUUUGAAAUCCAAGAAAAUUGUCCAACUAAGAUAAUUUGAGAAUGUUAAUGGACAAUUUAAUUUUUUAACAGAUAUGGAGAAGUAUUUGAUUAAAAGGUCAAAUUAUACUUGCGGAGAUGGUUCUCGUAAGGAAGCUCGAUAGAAGUUAAUUUAAAUGAGUUAGAAAGUGACCCAGGCCUUAGGAAAAAAAUCUCAAGCUAUCAUCCCAAUGAUCAAGAUAAAGUUCGUUGGUCAUACUGGCUUAAAGGUCCCACUCAACCAAAGUUAGAGAUGUUUCCAGACACUUUUUAUGGACGUAAUUCUAAACCAAGAAAGUUCAAUCAAUCUUGGUACUCCGAUCCAAACUCAUAUUGGUUGGAGUAUAGUGAAGCAAAAGAUGCGGUCUAUUGUCUUUGUUGCUAUCUUUUCAGGCCAACUCAUGGAAAACAAGCCGGUGGGGAUUCUUUUGUUGAAGAAGGCUUCAAAAAUUGGAAGAAGAAAUUUAAGUUGGCUGAACAUGUAGGAUGUGUCGAUAGUGCUCAUUAUCAAGCUUGGAGCAGGUGUAAAGAUCUUGUAAGACAAGAUCAACAUAUCCAAUCUGUGCUUUUUAAACAAUCAAGUCAAGCUCGUUUUGAAUAUAGAACGCGUUUGACUGCAUCAAUAGAUUGCAUUCGUUUCUUGCUUCGUCAAGGUCUUCCAUUCCACGGUCAUGAUGAAAGUGAUGACUCAGAUAAUAAAGAAAAGAACAGAUGGCAAUUGCACUGCGGUAUGUGACUGAUAAAGGCAAUGUGGUGGAGUCUUUUCUCGGAGUUGAGCCUGUAACUAGUACCACAGCUAGCUCACUUAAAUGUAAGAUUGAUGCUAUGUUAUCGAGACAUGGAUUGAGCAUUUCCGAGUGUCGCGGACAAGGUUAUGAUGGAGCAAGUAAUAUGAAUGGAGAAUUUAAAGGAUUGAAGACAUUAAUUUUAAGGGAUAAUGAAUCGACUUAUUACAUUCAUUGCUUUGCCCAUCAACUCCAAUUGGCACUAGUAGCUGUGGCAAAAAAACACUCAGACAUUUCGUGGUUUUUCAACUCUGUCACUAAUAUAGUGAAUAUUGUUGGAGGAUCUUGCAAACGACAUGAUGAUCUUGUUAAGGCUCAAGCUAUAAAUGUCUUUAAAGCAAUAAGUGAUGGUGAACUUAUAACUGGGAGAGGCUUAAAUCAGGAAACUAGUAUUGCUCGUGCUUCGGAUACACGUUGGGGAUCACAUUAUGCCACUUUAAUUAGCUUGAUCAAUAUGUUUGCAGCUGUGAUAAGUGUGCUUGAGUUGGUGCGUGAUGAUGGCUUGGGUGAUCAAAAAGGUGUAGCAUGUGGUUUGUUAUUUUUGAUGCAACAAUUUGAUUUUAUAUUCAAUCAACACCUAAUGAGGAAGGUUCUGUCAAUGACAAGUGACCUGUCACAAGCAUUACAAAGAAAGGAUCAAGAUAUUGUGAAUGCUAUGAUGCUAGUUAAACAUUCCAAGAUACGAUUACAGACGUUGAGGGAUAAUGGAUGGGAUAGUUUUUUGAAGGAAGUUACAUCAUUUUGUAAUAGUUAUGAAGUUGUUGUUCCGAAGAUGGAGGAAUUAUAUCUAGCUGUAGGUCGAUCAAGGCAUAAUAAUGAAAAUACCAACUUGCAUCACUAUCGGGUUGAGUUAUUCUACACUGUGAUUGAUAGGCAGUGUAAUGAGUUAAAUGAGCGUUUCACUGAAGCAACUACUGAGUUACUAGUUUGUGUUGCAUGUUUGAGUCCAGUUGAUUCAUUUUCUGCUUUCGAUAAGCAGAAACUAAUUCAUCUUGCUUCCUUCUACCCAAAUGAUUUUUCUCUCAUGGAGUGCUUUGCUCUUGGUGAUGGCCUUGAUGCGCAUAUAUACAUGAUAUGUGCAACAGUAAUGAAUUUUCAAGUUUAAGAAGUUUGGGGGAGUUGGCUCAGAAUUUGGUUAGCCAUAAGAGAAGUGGAGUAUAUCCUUCUAUUUAUCGACUUCUUAAACUUGCAUUACUUCUACCGAUUGCCACGGCUACUAUAGAGAGGGCAUUUUCAGCUAUGAAGAUCAUAAAGAAUCGUAUGCGCAAUCGAAUGGGAGAUCAACUUUUACAUGAUAGUUUGGUUGUGUAUAUUGAGAGGAACAAACUAAAUGAAAUAAGCAACGAAACUAUUAUUCAACGUUUUCAGAAAAUGAAAACACAUCGUGAGCAAUUGUA